AUGAAUAUUGUGAAGAAUCGUUUAUAUGAAGAUGAAUAUAAUAUUGAAUUACGUUAUUAUUAUUUAAUUCAAUUAAUAUUAGAUGAGAAUUGGUUAGAAAUUUUAAAUAUUUUAGAAGAAACACCUUCAAUUCAUUUAUCUUUUAUUCAAUUUGCAUUUCAAUAUAUUCCAUUGACAAUGAUUAAUAAAAUUCGAGUUGAAAAAGUAAAAGAACGUUUAAAUUCUAUUGAAAUAAUUCAAAAUCGAAAAGAAAAUUCUUUUGAAAAUUAUCGAAAUGAAAGAAAUUCUUUCUCAUCUUCAUGUUCAUCAUUAACAUCCAUUGAAUCAUUUCAACAAACAAUUCGAUUUUUAUCUAAAGGUAAAUUUUAUCGAAAAUAUUUUCAUUGGAAUUCAAUUGGAAAAGGUGAAUGUGAAAUUAUUGAAAAUAAUCAAUCAGGAGAAAUUCUAAUUCGUUUUUGGAUUUUAAAAAGUAAUUCAAUCAAACUUGUUUUUCUUGUUAAUCUUGAUCAAUCAAAUAAUUUUUAUCUUUUAUCAAAUAAAUCUUCAUCUUCAUAUAUUAUUAAAUUUCAAGCAAACAAUCAAUGUGAUUAUCCGCAUACGAAGAAAUUGAUUUUAUAUAAAAUUAAAUUUAAUUCGAUAAUGGAUGUUAAACGAAUGAAAGAUAUUUUAACCUUGAAUUGUAAGGACAUGCUUUCUCAUGUGAAAUAUGAUUCAUAA